AUGUCCACCGCGCAGGUGUCCGCCGCGCCCGCCGAGCCCCCGGCCUGGGGCACCGAGGGCCGAGACGGGCCGGCGGAAGGGGCCCGGCAGAGAGAGGCCGGGAAUGAGGCCGCGGAGAGCGGCAGCCGGCGGGAGCCCGAGCCCGACGAGCGGCGGCGGCCGGCGGCGGCGGCCGAAGCCCCUCCGCCCAAGGAGAACCCGUGGACGAAGCGCAGAGCCGCGCAGGAAGGCGCGGCCGACGGGCAGCACGCGCUGUGGGACCCAGAACUAGAGAAUUCCACUAAACAUGUAAAAGCCACGAAAGCCAGGACGAGGAAAUGCAGCAAGGCUGGUGAUUUCGUUGAUAUUGGAGACUGGCCAACACCAAGUGAAACAGCAAACAAUGAAUGCAAGUCUGUAAGUUACAGUAAGAAGCCAACAAAUAGAAAAGAAAAGGAGGAGAAAUUUGAUCAAAAAGGCGAUAAUGGAACCAAGGACAACCUGGAGGCUAACCCAAAUGGUCCAGGAGAUAACAUUAGUGAAGAUGAAGGUCAAACUAACAACCAAAGGAAAAAAGGUAACAAGCAAAAAUGGGUUCCACUUCACUUGGAUGAUGUAAGGUCAGAUAGUCAAGAAAGAUCAAGCUCUCGAAGUAGCUCAAGAUCUCAGCUGGAAACAAGCAAGUUAAUACUUCAUAACAACAGGCGGAAUGACACAAGAAAUUGGCAUCGUGAUAGAGAAAAGAGAGACGAUCACGAUGAAGUGUGCAGUGUGAGAAGUGAGGGUGGCAGUGUUCGAGAAUUCUCCAGAGGCAGAGGAAGAGGCAGAGGCAAAGGAAGAGGACGAAGCAGAGGAAAUCCUAGAAGGAACUUUGACUAUUCAGUUGGUUAUCAAGAACUGUAUGGUGAAAUAACUGACCAAGCAUUUCUACCUGAGCUUAACUCUAGUAUGACGUAUUACUACGAUGAUGGAACAGGAGUGCAGAUGUAUUCUGUGGAUGAAGUUCUUCUGAAAGAAUAUAUAAAACGUCAAAUUGAGUAUUAUUUCAGCACAGAAAACUUGGAAAGAGACUUCUUUAUGAGGAGAAAGAUGGACCAACAAGGAUUUCUGCCUAUUUCAUUGAUUGCUAGCUUCCACAGGGUACAAGCUCUGACUACAAAUGCUACACUCAUUCUGGAGGCCCUAAAGGACAGUUCAGAAGUUGAAACUGUGGAUCAGAGGAUAAGAAGAAGGGUUGAUCCAGAAAAGUGGCCAAUUCCAGGUCCACCUUCCUGUAAUCUGUCAACGACUGACUUUUCUCAGCUCAUCAAUUGUCCAGAAUUCAUACCAGGCCAAGUCUACGGCUCACAUACUGAGUCUGCACCAAGUUCUCCAGGAAUGGGAAGCUUGUUGAGUCUGAAGGAAAACACUGAAACAAAUAAUUUUCAGACAAUAUCUAAAGGGUUGUCUACAAGUUUGCCUGAUUUGGACUCUGAACCAUGGAUAGAAGUGAAGAACAGGCAUCAUGCAUCCACUGUCAGAGUAAAGGAAUGCGUUCCUAUACCUGAUCAAGUAUCAGGCCAACAACAGCCACCCCCACCUCCAGAGGAACAAGAACAAGAAGAACUUGACUUUUUGUUUGAUGAAGAGAUGGAACAAAUUCAGGGUCAUAAGAAUAAAUUCACUGAUUGGUCAGAUAGCAGUUCAGAUUAUGAAAUUGAUGAUCAGGAUGUAAACAAGAUUUUGAUAGUAACACAGACACCACCAUAUAUGAGAAAACAUCCUGGUGAAGGUCAUGCUGGUAACCAUGUAUGUCACGGAAAAAUAACAUCAGAACUUGCUAAAGUUAUUAAUGAUGGCUUAUACUAUUAUGAACAGGAUUUGUGGACAGUGCAGAGUGAAAAUGACACUACAGUAAUGCAAGAGGUUGAGAACUUCAGGAAGCUAAAUCUCGUUUGUAAGGAAGAAUUUGAUAAUCUUACACCAGAACUGAUUGCUGAUCGUUCCCAAGAAUUUCGUCUGGGUUCUUCAGAGUUACAGAUAGGAGAGGAACCAGUUUGUAAUUUGUUCAGUACUGAAGCACUUCCAGCAGCAACAGUGGCUCGGUCACUGCCAACUGUAGUUCCGGAAUCUCCCCGAGUUCACCCCGGUUUCACCCCACGAACACCUCGCACCCCGAGGCUACAGGAUCCCAACAAAACACCCAGGUUCUACCCCGUUGUUAAAGAAGCACAAUCCAUUGAUGUGAAGGCUCCAAGAAAAAGAAAAACACGGCACAGUACAAAUCCUCCCUUAGAAUGCCAUGUCGGUUGGGUGAUGGAUUCCAGAGACCACAGGCCAAGAACUUCCUCUGUGAGCAGUUCCAAUGCUUCACUUUCAGAAGGAGCUCCACUUGCAGGAGGUUAUGGUUGUACUCCAAAUUCUCUUCCAAAAUUUCAGCAUCCUUCUCAUGAACUGUUAAAGGAAAAUGGCUUCACACAACAGGUGUACCAUAAGUACCAUCGAAGGUGUCUGACGGAGAGGAAACGGUUGGGAAUUGGCCAGUCCCAGGAAAUGAACACGCUUUUUCGUUUCUGGUCCUUUUUCCUGAGAGAUCACUUCAACAGGAAAAUGUAUGAAGAAUUCAGACAGCUUGCUCUGGACGAUGCAAAAGAACACUACAGGUACGGGUUGGAAUGCUUGUUUCGAUUUUACAGCUAUGGCCUAGAAAAGAAAUUCAGGCGAGACAUAUUCAAGGACUUCCAAGAAGAAACAAAGAGGGACUAUGAAGCUGGUCAGCUUUAUGGACUGGAAAAGUUUUGGGCUUACCUAAAAUAUUCUCAGCACAAGACACCAGCCAUUGACCCCAAGCUGCAAGAAUACCUCAGUAAAUUUAGGAGACUGGAGGACUUCAGAGUGGAUCCUCCGUUUAGUGAAGAAUGUGGCAGGAGGCAGUUUGCUGCAGCAGGUGAGGAUUCGGGUCAUCGCAGACAUCUGGCUCGUUCCUGUAGAACAUUUCCUGUGGCUCAGCCUGCGGUGCUGGAGCACGUUACCAGUGGGAACACUGUGCAAGCACCCAGAGCAGGCCAUCCUACUGCUGCCACGAAAUCAAUAGAAAGUGAUGUACCGGAAAAAUAGACUAAGCCUCGCAACCCUUGAGAAUCAGCUUUUUCAUCGCUCUUUUUAGUUGGAGAUCUCCAAGGUGAGCCCAUCUAGUACAUGAUUAAAAGUGUAUGGGAAGACAAAGGACUGCAUUCUUUUUCGUGGGAUUAAGUUCCAAAACACCCUAGGAGAGUUGUUCUUGGUUUUGGGAUCAUCAGAAAGGUCCUAGGGAAGAUUGAUUGGCUUCAGUAUUGCUUUCCCCAAGCUUUUGUUUACAAAAACUGCAUUCCUUGCAUAUGCAUAAAAAUACUUUGGGGAUGCCUUACAUUUCAGCUCAUGUUCCUUAAAAAAAAAAAAAAAAAAAAAAAGUAUGGUAUAUCCAUCUUACUGACUGCGCUUUCUUUGUCCCUUUGUUUGUAUUUUACCAAAGCAAAAAAAUUACAGUAUUCAUAUAAUUUUAAAUGUAAAGAAAGAUCUAUGUGAUUGGUUUGCUUUUGAAUCUGUAACUAUAAAGGUAUGCUUUGUGUGAAAGUGCACUCAAGAAUGUGCAGCUAUAUAUGAUACAGCACUGCUGGACUCUAUUUAAAGACAUAGUUUCUAUUUUUUUCGGGGUCUCCAUAGUUAGUAUUAAGUAUGGAGUUGAGUGGACAUAACUGGGAUAGCUUUGCAGAUACUUCUUUCAAUACUGAUUCUUAAAAAGCCACAGUAAAAUACAGGGAAAAAUGGAUCUGUUGAUUCAGCGUCUUAAAUUGACACCUAGCAUCUGCAGUUGGUGCUGGUCAUUCAAGUAGCUUCAGCUGAAUUCUCAUAUGAUGAUCACAGAAUCACACUAAAGCACUCUAACAUGAGAGGCAUCCUUUUUUUUUUUUUUUUAAGAUUUUUUUUCCUCUGUAUUUCAAGGAAUAAAAAUUAGUUUGGAAGGAAACAAAGUAUUCCUUGUAAACUUUUUUUUUUUUUUUUCUUAAUUUUACAAUAUUUGAAUGAAGGUCUGCUUAAAUUGUGCUCACUAAGGUAAGAUAAUUUCACACAGGUCUAAGCACAAUUUCACUGAACGUAAGUUAUUGAAAUAUAUGUUCAUUUCUGUAGCUAAAAUAUGUUUAUAUCAUGCAAUUUCUUUUACUUUCAUUACUUUCGUUUAAAAAACACUGCACAAACUGAGUGGGUCACUUACUUCUUCCAAGGGAAAAUGAGAAGAAUUUCAGCUUUCUAACCAGUUAGCUACAGAAGAGCCCUCUGUUGAGAAAUACAUCUAGCACAAAUGCCUUAACCCAUGAAGUUGUCCAAACAGAAUGACCAUCCAAAGUCAGAGUGUCAAACUGCUGUCAGCUCUUAGAAAUUGUCAUAGUAAGUCUAUUAUUAUUUUUUCAUUGUCUUGUGAAACUCAAUGAAUUAUGCAUUGUAAAUGAGUACAUGAGCAGUGGCCUUCCCAGCAGCUAAAAGAGUUACAGUACAAAAUAGAACAGGCCCCCUGUAAAAGGCUCUAAGUGAAAAUUAACAACUAAUUUAAGCAGCAUCCUUUCCAUAAGCUGAAGUGACACAUCUCAACCCUGUGUUUGAUCCAUGACUCUUGCUAUUCAGGAAAAUGAUGCAAAUGUAAAUUUGAAUUGAAUUUGUAUAUACAAGUAAAAGAUUAAAAAUAUUUCACUUUUUUUUUCAUUGGAAAAUGUGCAGACUAAGCUUAUGGUGUGUAAUUUUGUGAUAUCUUGCCAAAUUUUAUAAAAACAACCCAGAAAACCCUCCAAUAAUGUUGUAUUACAAGCUUUGUUGUUACUGUUCCAAAAGCAUGAAGAAAACACUUGCAUGGAGUCUAAGGCUGUAGGUUUGCCUCUGCUGGUUCUUAAAAUGCAAGCCAGCUUUUUUUCAAGUUUUGUGAUGACUUCUCACAUGCCCGAGUGCUUUUUUCGAAGAAAAAAUGACAGGUGAGUAGAAAAUAUGGCUGAAGCUAAGGGGAGGGAAUACUUUACCUCUUACAGCUUUGUUUAUAGUGUGGCCCUUUAUUUUGGCAGAUGCAGGGGACACAGGUCUGGCUUAUAGCUUUGCCUUCCUUCAGGAACGCCCCCUUUGUUGUCCAAGAGACUCAGACCUUCCUUCCCUCCUUGGUUCCCUGUCAGAGUGGUAGAAAGAAUGACAGCUCCACUGCUGUGCUGUUCACAUGCUGAGAUGAGAACACAAAGAUCAAAGGUUAGAACAAAGCCCCAGGACUACUGGUUAAGCAGUUUGUUCCUCUGUAGGGUUCAAAGUUGUUAAUUACCUUUCUGUAACCGGCAUUCCUGUUGUGGAGCCAUAUAUUUAUCUUUGAGCAGGCAUGUAUAUGUACAGCAUCCUUUCUGCUGCCUUCUACAUCCAUUUAAGGUAACCUUCAAUUCAUUCAUCUUAAGACUGUAUCCUAACAGGUUUUUACUAAGUACUUAUCAAGUUUUUGACUUUUCACAUGUCUAAAAGCUCUUGUGUGCUUAAUGAUAGAAUGCCUUCUUCUAGAGACGUUUCUCAGCAAAUACUUCAAAACUAUACUAUGCUAAAAGCUCAUUCAUUAAGGUUUUCCUUCGGUCUUGCUCAGAAGGCUUUGUAGGGAAAGAAAGAAAACUGUUGUUCCUUAUGGAGAGCAGAUAUUUUCCAACAAUGAGAAGCAGUAGCCUGUCUGCAUGACAGACUCUUCUGGAGUUUAGCAGGGAUUUGGGUGUCUGUGGGAUAAAUGAGCAGAAAGCAGCUCGUACUCACAGCAGCCUGUGCUCUGUGUGCACUGGAAUCAGGCAUCCUGUGCUGAGGUGAAAAACCACCCUUUUGCAACUCCAGACUGAGGAAGAGACUUAACUGUUGGCUGAUGUUCUUUUGCUGAGAAAUCUCAAUGCUACGCUGGGCUAUGCCUGUAAUCUUAAAGCUUUCCUCUCUGCUUUCCUUAUCCUAGAGUUUUGGAGGGGAAAAAGGCAGUGCCCUUUGCUUCAACUUCUGCAAACUCCACUAGAAAUGCAGCAAACAAACCCCCAAAAUCUAACCUAGUCAUGGGAUUUAUGUAGAAAAUCAGCUUUUAACUUGUCUGAGGUGGCAUUAUUAUGUGCCCAGAUGACAUGAGACUUCAGCUACAAUGCCACUAUGAUAGAAAAUUCUGAAGAAAUUUAAGCAUCUAGUUUAGCUGUUUUAAGGCAACGCUUUGGAUUAAUACCUUCAAAGCUCAUCAGUCGUGGUUUCUUUCCAGUAAAAAGUGAUGCCUUCAACUACAUAAAAUGAAAUGACAGCCUUCACGCUCCCAUAAAAUCAGGGCCCAAGUCAGGCAGCAGAAAUGUGUUUUUACUCCAGGAUGCUCAUGGACAAUGACAAAUCCAGACCUGCCUCCACAACUUCUCACAUCCAGAGAGUUUUAUUCUUAGGUGUUUACAUAGUAUGCUUGUAGGCUUUACCCAGUUACCUAGAAAUUGUGACAGCUCAGUAAAGUAUCAUCGUCACAGAAAACAGUUUGUAACCAGAAUGGGGAUAAUUAGGUUUUUUUUUUUCAUUAAUUUUGUAAGAAGGCUGUUCUGCCAGACUGGAACUGUGAAACACAGCAAAGUUGCAAACUUCUGGUACAGCAAAGUGCAUAGAAACGCAGGCAACUCCACAGAGGGGAAUGCUCCUGGGUUGGGUGCACUGGGUGUAUUUUUCUCAUUAAAAAUACUUCACCUACAUUUGAACUAACCUGGGUGGAUAUACCUGUUCAUAUUGAAUUAAGUUUUCUAUAUUUAAGCCCUCAAGGCCAAAAUGAUAUGAUUACUAGGACUAAAUUGCCAAACUGACAACUGCAAAUGCAUCGUUCCAUCCAUGGCUGAGAAAGCAAUCACUGGUUGAGCUUUUUUUCCCCCCACAACCUAUUCUUUAAACCAUAACAUGGAAAUUGGAGGGAGCUAAGACUGCAAGAAGCAAACUAAGGACUUCAUCACAAACAUACUCUAUGCUUAGUAAGGCAAUUUCUAGAACACUUUGUUUCUGUAUUAGACAGUCAGUUAUGCUUCAUGAAAAACUACACAGCUUUGAUCCUAAAACACCAGCAAAAAAAUCAACAUCCAUGAAGCAGGAAUAAAACACAGGAAGAAAAUUAUUGUUCGAAAAGUAGAACUUCGAAUAUAUUUUGUUCUAUUACACACAGCAAUGCAUGUUUCAGGGUAGGGGGAAAGCUACCAGGUCCAGUUUAACUAUUUCUUGACCUUUUCACCAAAGAGGCUGAAGCUGAUCUGAUUUCACAGGGAAAGAAAAAAAGCAAAAACAAGAGCAGAAAAAUAGCUUACAUUGUGAUGGUUUAUGACAGCUAUUUAAAGUGUAGCAAAACAAGAAGCAAUUUAAGAGAGCACCAAACUGCAAAUCUUAACCAAGAAACAGCAGAUCUGUGUCAAUAAAAAGAUAAGAACAUGUACAAGCAUGCAGAAGGUCAGUUCCAUAAUCUCCAGUGAAAAUUUGCCAUGUUCAAGAUUAAGUAAAAAUGUUUGUUUAAAAAAAAAAAAUAAAAAAAAAUCAAGAUUUAAAAAUACAUUUCCUACCAUCAAAACAAAAACUUGGGAAGUGGUGUACAAAUAGGCCAGAAACAUUUUAACAAAUGACUGCUUCUAACCCAGAGUAACACUAACUCUAGCCCAAGAAAAGAAGUGAUGGCAAACCGGAAAUGUAUUUUGCUUCUACUGAAGAUGAGACCAGCCCCUUACGUUGCCGAAACAAAAAUUCUGUCAAUAUCAACCCGUCAUUUUUAUUAGUUUAACAGUGAAUUUUUACCAAGUGACUGCUACAACUACUACAAGGAUGAGUGUCUCCAAAAAAGUUAUGAUACUGAUUUCACUGAAGCUUCCAAGGAUGUGAUGUUCUGAACUCUGAGUGCCUACUGUAUGCAUUGACUUCCUGUUAAAAUGAAGAAUAUGGUGUGUUCUAAA